GCUCUCCUGUCCCCGCUGGAGAACCCUGGACCACGGGGUGGCCCAAGCCAGACCCUCCUCAGCAUCUCUCCUGAAUGUCACCCAGGCACCGUGAGACACUCCAGGGAAUAGCUGCUUCGGGACCCAGAGAGGCAAAAAAACCCCAGAGAUGAAUGCCCUUCUCACACUGGCUUGGUUCCUGGUUUGCAGUGUUCCUGCUGUGCCCGGGGACUUGCUGGACCUCAGGUCCAUGAUUGAGAAGGUGACUGGGAAGAACGCCUUGACGAACUAUGGCUUCUAUGGCUGCUACUGCGGCUGGGGCGGUCGGGGGACCCCCAAGGACGACACGGAUUGGUGCUGUUGGGUGCAUGAUCACUGCUAUGGGGAGCUGGAGGAGAAAGGCUGCCACAUCCGGACACAAUCAUACAAAUACAGAUUUGCCCGGGGACGGGUCACCUGUGAGUUCGGGCCCCUCUGCCAAGCGCAGCUCUGCACCUGUGACCGGAAGCUGGUCUAUUGCCUGAAGAGGAACGUAAGGAGCUACAACCCUCGCUACCAGUAUUUUCCCAACAUCCUCUGCUGACCAAGACAUUGUCCCCUUCUCCUACACCACGGAGCUCACCGACGCUGCUGGGCUCCUGAGAGAGGCUGCCGGUCUUGGACCUCCUCCUCUCUCCACGCUCCUCGGGGCUUGCAGGAGCCCCACGGCCCCUCUUCACUGUCCACAGCAUCCCAGGAGAGUGACUCUGGUCAUAGGACCUGGUAAGGUCAGGGUCCCUGACCUCCCCUGGCGAGGUCGGCCCCUCUGAUGCCGGGAGCUUGCCCUCAGCUCCAGGCCAGCUGUCUCCCCCUCGCCCUGCAGACAGAGACCCUUCUCUGGCAAGAUGCAUUUACUUUCAGUUUCUGCAAUGGGAUUCUCACUACCACCCUUUAGAGGAUUAUGACUCAAGGUAGAAGCCAAAUUGACCCCAUAAGUCUGCCAUAUAGAUAUUAAA